AUGGCUGCGCUCCCUGGGACCGUACCAAGAAUGAUGCGCCCAGGACCCGGACAGAAUUAUCCCCGUACCGGAUUUCCCUUGGAAGUCUCGACCCCGCUGGGCCAGGGCCGCGUCAACCAGCUCGGAGGCGUCUUCAUCAACGGGCGACCCCUCCCCAACCACAUCCGCCACAAGAUCGUGGAGAUGGCCCACCACGGCAUCCGGCCCUGCGUCAUCUCGCGGCAGCUGCGCGUGUCCCACGGCUGCGUCUCCAAGAUCCUCUGCCGCUACCAGGAGACCGGCUCCAUCCGCCCCGGAGCCAUCGGGGGCAGCAAGCCCAGGCAGGUCGCGACGCCCGACGUGGAGAAGAAGAUCGAGGAGUACAAGCGCGAGAACCCGGGCAUGUUCAGCUGGGAGAUCCGCGACCGGCUGCUGAAAGACGGGCACUGCGACCGCAGCACGGUCCCCUCAGGUUUAGUGAGUUCGAUUAGCCGGGUGCUCCGAAUCAAGUUCGGGAAGAGAGAGGAAGACGAGGAUUGCGAGAAGAAAGAGGAGGACAGCGAGAAGAAAGCCAAGCACAGCAUCGACGGCAUCUUGGGCGACAAAGGCAACAGGCUGGACGAGGGAUCCGACGUGGAGUCCGAGCCGGAUCUCCCGCUCAAGCGCAAGCAGCGCCGCAGCCGGACGACCUUCACGGCGGAGCAGCUUGAGGAGCUGGAGAAGGCCUUCGAGCGGACCCACUAUCCCGACAUCUACACCCGCGAGGAGCUCGCGCAGAGGACCAAGCUCACUGAGGCGAGAGUCCAGGUCUGGUUCAGCAACCGCCGGGCCCGAUGGCGCAAGCAGGCCGGAGCCAACCAGCUGGCCGCCUUCAACCACCUGCUGCCGGGGGGCUUCCCGCCCACGGGGAUGCCGGCCCUGCCCCCCUACCAGCUGCCGGACUCGACUUACCCGACCACCACCCUCUCCCAAGAUGGGGGCAACACCGUCCACAGGCCGCAGCCUCUCCCGCCGUCCACCAUGCACCAGGGCGGGCUGGCGGCGGCAGCGGCGGAUUCCAGCUCUGCCUACGGGGCCCGGCACAGCUUUUCCAGCUACUCGGACAGUUUCAUGAACCCGGCGGCUCCGGCUAAUCACAUGAACCCCGUCAGCAACGGGCUCUCCCCGCAGGUGAUGAGCAUUCUGAGCAACCCGAGCGGGGUCCCCCCGCAGCCCCAGGCCGACUUCUCCAUCUCGCCGCUGCACGGCGGCCUGGACGCCGCCAACUCCAUCUCGGCCAGCUGCAGCCAGCGGAGCGACUCCAUCAAGUCCGUGGACAGCCUGCCCACCUCGCAGUCCUACUGCCCCCCCACCUACACCACCACCGGCUACAGCGUGGACCCCGUGGCCAGCUACCAGUACGGCCAGUACGGCCAAACUGCUGUUGACUAUUUGACCAAGAACGUGAGUCUCUCCACACAGCGCAGAAUGAAGCUUGGGGAGCACUCGGCAGUCCUGGGCCUCCUGCCCGUGGAAACGGGCCAGGCGUACUGA